AUGUCCCGACCGAAGAAGGUUGCCAUAAUUGGAGCGGGGCCCUCGGGGUUAGUGGCCGCCAAAACACUCCUCCAUAACUACCCCAAGGGAACCUUUUCUCCCACCAUCUUCGAGAAGGGCCAUGAAAUAGGUGGUCUUUGGCCAAUUGAACCGCGAGAUAUCACCACAGAAACAACAACCCCCGGACAACGCCCGCACAAUGGGUUCGUGGACCCGUCAAUGCCCACGAAUCAGAGUCGAUUCACCGUGACCUUUUCCGAUCUGGCUUGGGAGUCAGUUAUCGAUGGCGCCGAUAUUCCUAUGUUUCCACAGGCCUGGCAAGCGGGAAAAUACUUGCAGGCGUAUGCAGAACGCUAUAUACCUAAGGAGACCCUGAGACUGGGGCACAAGGUUGUUGGAUCGACGCGAGAGAUGAGUGGAGGUUCGAGACCGUUGUGGACCAUACAAUGGGUCCUGGAAAGGUGGGAUAACGAGAAAGGGAAAAUCUCAACGGACGAAGAAGUGGAAUCAGAAACCUUCGACUACCUCAUUGUCGCAUCUGGUUACUUCUCAACACCAUAUACUCCAGAUAUCCCAGGAUUACCUAGUUUCGUCGAGAAGACGUUUCACAGUUCUGCCAUUCACACGAAAGAGGACAUAUACCUUAUGCUUGAAAAAUGUGGUGCGACCAAGGAUGGUAGUGGUAAAUUGGUCGUCAUUGGAGGGAGUAUAUCGGGCGCUGAGGCUGCCUCAGCGCUUGCGCUUUUCCUUUCCAGUAUGAGUGCUACUGCCUUCCAAUAUCGAGGCUACGAAGUCCACCAUAUCUGUACACGGCCCUUCUGGACUAUACCCUAUUAUCUGCCACAUGCUGCUCCGCAAGACGACAUCCAGGAAAAAACUGUUCAGUUCAUACCACUUGACCUUGUCCUACAUGAUCUGGCCCGACGUCCACCGGGACCAGUUCAGUAUAACUUUGGACCUGUUUCGCAGCAGCAAGAGACUAAGGUUAAUGAAUACUUCCUUUCUUUGCUAGGUGACCAGCAUGCAGGUUAUGGGAAUAUCGGCGGCGGCUCUCGCGGUGGCACAAACAACACACAACCUUCAUUGAUAGCUAUAAGCGACGACUACGCAGAGUACGUACAAUCGGGUUCAGUACGUCCUACGAUCGGCCGUGUAUGCGCUAUAAAUCGCACACAGUCCGGUCAGGCAAACGUUGACAUCAAGAGUCCUGAUGGCGAAAUGACCACUCUCCAAAACGUCACAGCUAUAGUCACGGCUACCGGUUUCACGCCAUUUGCCUCCCUCUCAUUUCUUCCAGAAGACGUACUCUCCAGACUCGAGUAUUCAGCCGAAGACUCCUACUUCCCUCUGAUCUUGGAUGAAAAAGGCACCUCCAAUGCAGAAGUCCCCGAUAUAGGAUUCGUAGGACUUUACCGAGGGCCCUACUGGGGAGUCAUGGAAAUGCAAGCGCGAAGAGUUGCGGAAUCGUGGUAUCGAGCUGAUUCUGAGCAAGGAAUCCAAUUCUCAACGGAAGAACUGAAGAACAAGGUACAAGAAAGACAAAGGAUGCGUGACUACAAGAAUGCGGAUCCAGACUCCCGGGGCCAAUUUCCAAUGGGAGAUUAUGUGGGGUUGAUGGAGACCUUUGCUAGGGAUAUGGGGAUCCCUCGGGCCCCACUUCCGGAGGUUGGGGAAAGACUUGGACCAGUUCUUCCUACCCGGUAUAUGGCUGAAGGACAAACGAAGCCUUCAAUGCUGGCCGAGUCGCAUCGUGCUUUGGCUUCGUUAAGGGACACGCUCACCUACGACAGUGAUACAUCCAGGACCGGGUUAACUAGGGCUAUUUUCAGAGCGUUACACGGAACUUGGAAUUUUUCAAGGGUCUCUUCGAGAUACGACGGCGAGGUAACAGGGACGGCAAGGUUCUCACCAACAUAUCCGACAUAUCCGAAGGAUGAGAGGGAAUAUACCUACGACGAGGUUAAGAGAGUUGAUAGAACGCCGAGGUCACCAGAUCGAUCUAUCUUUCGUCUUGGCCAAACCAGCGCCCAUAGCGGCGAGAUGCAAAUAUCCAUUCUCAAUUCGAAUUCGGAUGUAGAGCUAGGAGAAGCUCCUCAAAUACUGCACGAAUUGAGGUUCGUGGGUCCUCCGCGUCUCGAAUAUGAAGGCUCAGGACGCGAGGAAUACGUUGUCCGAGUUGGAGGGUGCAUGAGCUCAGAAGAUAAUAACCGGCGAGGCUUUGAACAUAGCUACGAAUAUGUUUUCCGCCUUGAAGGCGUGGCAAUCUCGUCCUGGGAAUGCAACGUGGAAUAUAAAAAGACUAGGACUGACAGUUUUGGGGAUUCGGAUGGACGAGUCAACGAGUGGAGGAGGACAGUAUACAGGCGAUAA